CCCUCCUCUCAUCACAAUUAAAUUCAAAAGGGGUUAACCUCUGAAAUACAAUUUAAAUAACUUCAUUAUAUAUAAUACGCCUGUACAAUCGUAUCUCUUCAAUUCGCGACCCUGGGACUUGACAUUUUUCAAAAUUCUUAAAAAGUUCACUUCGUACGUUCAUCUCAAUCAAGCAUCUGAACCAUACAAUAAUCUGCACAAUGGUUUGUAGAAUUUUAAUUGCGAGUGUUUUGGUUGCCAUGGUGGUAUGCUACCCAUCCACGCGCAAAGAGUACUCCAACAGACAUGCAAAUUUGAGGGAACUGCUGGAAGGCGUUAAUCGCAUAUUAUUAACAGAAGAAACGGACGAAGUAUACGAGAACGUGCGUGUACAACAGAAAAGAGGACACUGCUUUUACGAAUUGGGAUUCCAAAACAGAUGUGAAUCGGACAAGCCUUGGUGUUACACGGGACUGCUGUCUAAUGGUUCCAUGGUACCGGCGUGUUUUCCAACCUCGGAGCCAUGUGCAGGUACCAGGGGUGCGUGCAGUCAAAACGAGAUGUGCAUCAAGGUUGGACGCACUGGUGGAGUAUUUGGAUUUGAAUGCGUCUCGGGGCUAGAAGAAAUUGUGGUGGAACCUAGUGAUGAUGACGUGUUUGUUGCCAUCUGUGACUACUGCGCAACUACCGGUAGAAUCUGCCAAGAACUCCCUGGCAAUGACAUUGGUUGUUUCUAUUUAUAAACACCCUACCUCGUGUUUUGAUUAAGGUGAUAUAUACUAUUGUGAUAAUAACGACGAAGGCGAGAUUAUUUGAGAAUACAGCUUUCCUAUAAAUCGCGCCCUCUCGUGACAAAGCGUUCUGUGGCGUGAAUGCGUGCAAGGGACGUUCC